CCUCAAGGUGAUCGAAAAUGGCAGCUCCGGCGAAGCAGGUCGUGAAACAAAUUCCAGCAUGGAGAGCGACUUUGGGUCGAUGGCUGUAUAGCAAGAGUUACUUCUGUGAGCUGGGCUUGAUGAGAGAUGAUUGCCUAAACGAGACAGAAGAUGUGAAGGAGGCAAUUCGACGGCUGCCCAAGGAUUUGUAUGAUGAGAGAGUGUUUCGUAUAGCUCGGGCACUUAGUCUGUCCAAUAAGAAAACAGUGUUGCCGAAGGAAGAAUGGACGAAUUAUGAUAUGGAUGUUCCUUACCUCCAGCCGUAUUUGAAGGAAGUUUUGGCAGAAAAAGCUGAGAAGGCUGAAUGGAACAAGAAGUAACGCCAUUAAUAUUAGUCAAUUGUUUUCAGUUAUUAAAGUAUGAAUAUGUUUGGUAGACCUCCUGUUUAAAAAGUCAUUAUAUGGAAGUGACUUUAGAAUGGUGUGAAUUUGUAAAUAAAUACAAUGAAAAAAAAAUCUUCUUGGAAAAUA